AUGUCCCUUAAACUCGCCGUUUUUCUCGUUUUGGCUGGUGUUGUCACGUGCCAAAACGCAACUAGACCUGCGACUUAUUGUAAGAGUCAAUCGAGAAGUGAAUGUUUUAUGGGUGCAUGCCCCAGUGGUUUCGAAUGCAUCGGUAACCAAUGUUGUUCGGAAGCUGAUGUUGUUCAACCAGGAGGUGACUGCACUGAUUAUUUAGCUGAUUGCACAAAUGUUGAUUGUAAUUCGAUUGGAAUGCAAGAUUUCGCCAGAGCCAACUGUGCAAGAACUUGUAAUAUGUGUUACAGUACUGCUUCAGUCAGUCCUCAAUACGCGUGCUCGGACCUCCUAACAGACUGUGCUAACCGUACUUCUUCCUGCCAAGACAUUGAUUUCGUUGACAUGAUGGCCCUAUACUGUCCACGUACUUGCAAUCUUUGCCUCUGGCAAGCGGCCACAAAGAUCCCGAAUUGCGGAAACCAACUUCCUGAUUGCCCAACACGUGGAAACUUCUGCACAGCCACGAGUAUUUCUCUGUAUCAGAAACGUGUCGGAUGUGGAAACACUUGUGGUUUGUGCUCUUCAGUGAGCACACCAGCCCCUGUUCAACUCUCAACAAAUAGCAAUGGAUUCCUCUUUUUUGGACGCAAGUGA